AAGAAAAUCUCAUUUUCUUUCUUACCUCCAACAAAAAUUGAAAGAAGCUACUUACUCCCCUUCCCAACCCCCAAUUUCUCUGUUGAUUGAUGAUCAUAGAGAGAGAAAGUGGCAGUUGAAGUUAGAGAGAGAAUUCCCCAAUUACUUCACUUACUUUUUUUAAUUUUGAUUGGAUUUUUUGUUUACAUUUGAUCUACUAUGUCUCCUCGGCAGGAAAACGGAAUUGUUUCCUGUUCGCUUCAUGAAAAUGGAACUUCAGAUCCACUUCCCCUGGCCUAUUCAGAAAAGGCAGUACAAGAGAUGCUUCAGCUACCUCUUGAAGGCAUAGACAAUAAUCUUGUAGAGUUUUCUGAAGCUAUGAGAACUGUGGCAAAGGCACUGAGGCGUGCUGCAGAAGGAAAGACUUCUGCUCAAGCCGAGGCAGCUGAAUGGAAGCGAAAGUUUGAGUUGGAGAAGUCAAGGAAUCUGCAAUUAGAGCGCAAAGCAAUAUCAUCUGUUAAUAGUUGUUGUGAUCUUCCGAAUAAGAGAACAUCGGAUUUAGCUGACCAACCAGAAGUGUGUCUCCCAGCAAAUGGGAAAAAUGGUCAUUGCUGUGGUGCAAACGGAAUCUGCAAUCACGAGGUUCUUCGGGAUGGUGAAGUGAGAUCGGAUUCCGAGCCUGUGAACAAAAAGGUUGUGAAGAAGGCGUCAUUCAAACUUUCAUGGAAUAGUGAAGGUUCAAAGGGAAAUCAGUAUAAGCAUGAUGUAGUUUCUUUUGACAGAGGAAACAUCUCAACUACUGAGCGCAGUAGCAAACAGAUAUUCCUCAAGUGGGACAGUAAUCCCCAGACUGUUCUUGUAUUGACCAAGCCAAAUUCAGAUUCUGUUAAACUUCUAUGCUCCGAACUGGUCAGAUGGUUGAAAGAUCAGAAGAAAUUAAACAUAUAUGUGGAACCACGAGUUCGAUCUGAACUUUUGGACGAAUCAUCUUCCUUCAACUUUGUUCAGACCUGGAAGGAAGACGAGGAGGUUUUGCUCUUACAUACAAAAGUUGAUCUGGUUGUGACUCUUGGUGGGGAUGGAACUGUACUCUGGGCUGCUUCAUUGUUCAAAGGACCAGUCCCUCCUGUAGUUCCACUUUCUAUGGGAUCCCUGGGUUUCAUGACUGCAUUUCAUAGUGAGCAAUACAAGGAAUCACUUGAUUCAGUACUUCAAGGUCCCGUCAGUAUCACAUUACGACACAGAUUGCAGUGCUAUGUAAUUCGAGAGACAGCAAAGCACGAGUUCGAUACAGAGGAGCCAAUUCUCGUUCUGAAUGAAGUUACUAUUGAUCGAGGGAUAUCCUCAUAUCUAACAAAUUUGGAAUGUUACUGCGACAACACUUUUGUGACGUGCGUUCAAGGAGAUGGAUUGAUUUUAUCCACCACGUCUGGAAGUACUGCGUAUUCAUUGGCAGCUGGAGGAUCGAUGGUCCAUCCACAGGUUCCCGGCAUUUUAUUCACACCAAUUUGCCCCCAUUCACUCUCCUUUCGACCCCUGAUAUUACCGGAGCACGUAACAGUAAGAGUACAAGUACCUUUCAACAGCAGAAGCUCUGCAUGGGCGUCAUUUGACGGCAAAGACAGAAAACAGUUAAACCCGGGUGAUGCACUCAUAUGCAGCAUGGCUCCUUGGCCCGUGCCAACUGCAUGUCAAGUCGAUUCAACCAGUGAUUUCUUACGCAGCAUACACGAGGGUUUGCACUGGAAUUUGAGAAAGAUACAGAAUUCUGAUGGCCCUUCUUCUAGCACUUAAUAAUGUGUAGUUUACCAGAUUCAUCAACAUGAAAGUUGGUUUUAUUUUGUUCUUCAUAUAUGUCACUGUAUUUUUAGGUGUGUAGUUGUGUAAUCUAAUAGAAUUGAUGAUGAUGAAGAUAGAAAGAUGGAACCAAACUAUAUAGAAUGUAUCUAACUUACAAAGUUACAAGUAAGAUGUAUACCAUUGCACAAAGUGCAAGUACCUAUAUCGUAUCAGAAGGAUCUAUUUAUCUAUUACAGUA